AUGGAAAAAUCGUUCUUCGCAUCUCCGAACUUCCUGACAAAUCUGACGAUUCUUCUUCUUCUCGGACUCAUACCGCUGUCUAUACUUGCCGCCUUUCUGAUCGUACACCUCGGAGAUGGCGAUGCGAUAUCCUCGUGGCACAUCUCGCCGGCUGUACUACUCGCGCUGAUAUCUUCGCUGGUGAAUAUCUGCCUUGGCACCGUGUUGACAUUUGGCGUCGCCGUGCGGUGGUGGUGCGCCGCGAGUCGCCCGGGAGGGACGACGUUGAAGAGCUUGCAUUUAGUUUGGAAGCGGGGCGCCGGUGUUGGCUUGUGGUCCGCUCUGAAGAUGGGGAAAGAUGCGAGAAUAGUAGCGCUUGCGGCGUUGAUUGUGGCUGGCGUGAAAUUCGGUGCGAAUCCCUUGUUGCAGAAUGCGCUUGCGACGGAAAGAGUGGAUCUCGUCGAGAAGAUGAACAUGACGAUUAGUAUGGCAGAUCGGAUUCCGGAAGGCUUAUUGGCGGUGAGGACUGGCGGAGGAGAGCUGGAUGGUAUGUCGACUGCAUUGUUACCUCUUGGGGCCGACGUAUUGCGAGACUGGUACCUGAAUAUGAUCGCGUAUAGCUAUCCAACGAGCAUUUCGAACAUUGUAGAGUGGGAAAAGAUAUGUCCAAGGAACUCGACCCAUGGAUGUGGAGGCUAUGCUUGUCCCGCUAGAAGCAUCUGCAGGACCACCGUGCCCAGCGCUGGCAUUGCGGCCGAUUGUGGGAUACCCAAUAAUACGACUGUGAACCUGCAAGAAUACUUUGGGAAAACAGUCCUCAACAUCUCGAUCGCUCGAGCAGCGCCACCUUAUGAUCCAGCACUCAUGCUACGAACGUUGUACCUCAGCGAAUCGGAUGACUCAUGUAUGGGUGUGGUGACAUCUCAGACGUGCUUGAUCCGCGCUGCCCUGGUGGAGAUACCCGUCAAUCUUGCAUGGUCCAGAAUCGCAGCUGACGGCAUGCCAACUCCUCUUUCCACGUUCAAUUCUGAAGGUGACUACGCCAACGCGCCAAACGGGACCAAAGCCGGGCCACUUUCGACCCUCGGCUUCAUGGUCGGGGCCUUCUUUACGACCUAUGCAACACUCGAAGACUUGAACACCGUAUCGUCGCUCAAUGCAAUGGCAAGGUUAUUCUGGACAUACAGACAGGGUUUAGAGAGGUGCGGCCAUGAAUACCUCUCGCCUACUCAAUACGUAAUCGGUGUCAUGCAAGAAUUUAUGGCACAUGCUGCGAUUGUGGCUGCGGGAGCGUCAGGCGGCAGAUACGAUCGCCAAUUCACGAUGGACAGGACAACCCCGACAACGAUAUACAGAGCCGACUAUCGGUACCUGGCUGGAGCCUUGAUUGUGAUGUUCGCAGGACUGGUGUUAGUUGUGAUACUCCUGUGGGGUUGGUGGAGUCUCGAUCGUUGGAAUAUAACACUCAGCCCACUGGAAACAGGGAAAGCGUUCGGCGCGCCGUUACUGAAGUCGGAGCGAGGAUCUGACGAGGUGGAUUGCAUAUUGAAAGACAGAGGCCAUGUCAAGGUCCGGUAUGAUGGCAUGGGCAUUGUCCUAAAUGCUAGUGGCGAAGAAGCGGAUGCUGAAUUACAGUUACUGCGAAUGAGAAGCCCGUAA